UACAGUCCCGCGAUGCUUUGUAUAUGUUUUCCCAGUGGUUUCCACGUGUUCGACUGUGCGCGAUAUUAGGCGAGAAAAACGCAAUCAUGAACGAGGAUAUGGCAUUACGGGAUUGGUAUCAGACAGGUUAUAAUUUGAACGCAGAAAGCAAGACAGAAGAUUGCGAGAAAUUUUACAGAGAUUUUAGCAAGCGCUAUGAUAAGUGUGUGGGAAAUAUGAGUUAUGAAGCCCCAGUUGCAACAGCUGACAUUCUAUGUAAAUAUAUGGAGCAGUUUGGGUAUAAUAAAGAUGUUUGUAUUCUUGAUUUUGGUUGUGGUACUGGACUGGUUGGUGAAGAGUUAAACAGGAGAGGUUACAACAAUAUCGAUGGAGUUGACCUGUGUGCUGAGAUGUUGGAAAAAGCCAAGGAGAAGGGUGUGUACAGGACACUCACCCAGGGGGAGAUGGCAUCAGAGGGGUGUGAAAAGCUUGGAGUGGGGGCUGAUCAAUAUGAUGCAGCAAUAUGUGUGGGGGUGAUGACCUUUGGUCAAGUGAAAGGCAAAGGUUUUGAUGAUUUCAUUCAUGUUCUAAAACCUGGAGGUCUGGUCUGCUUCACAGUCAGGAACGCAGUUGCAGAAGACCCUGUCUAUGGUUAUGGCGAGAAAAUUGAGGAAUUGUGCAGUGCAAAGAAGUGGAAAUUGCUUGAGAAAAAACUUGGUCCCUAUCAUUUAGAUGAUGGCUGUUGUAUAUUCUGUUUUCAAAAACUGUAAACUAUUAAUAGGAUGAACAAUCCAAUAUUCUGGGGAUUUUUAUAAUUAUUUCAUUUUAAAUGUAGAAUCUAUUAAUAAUUCCUAGGUUAUGGUGUUUAUAUUUCUGGACUUUUUAAACUGCUUGGGUCCUUGGCCUAAUGCUCCCUAGCAAACUGGUUUGAAUGAAAAUAAUGCAAACAAUGCAAUCUUGAAACUAUAAAAGUGUUUACACUACAUUCAUAAUUUAUUUACGUCCUCACCGCUAUGCCACCACCGCAUAUAUAAUUAAAAGCUGGUUAAUUAUUAAAAGCAGGUCACCUU